AUGGAACAACCCUUGGUCUUGCAGAAUAUCUCUGCUUCUCAUUGGAAAUUCUUUUGGUCCCUGUCUCUUACCUACAUUCAACGUAAUGUGAUAUACCGGCUCAUCACAGGCUGUAUCCCUUUUCGAAGCAGAUUACACUACAUGAUGCCUGGAGUCUUCGAGUCUCACAAUUGUCCUGUCUGCUUGUCUCCCAAUGAAACUGCCAGCCACCUGCUCUUUGACUGUCCAUCCAAAGAAAAGGUAUGGCAAGGCGUCAUUUUUGAAUUCCUAUGGCCCACCACGUCCAUCACUGACAUCAAAGAGGCUCUUCUGUCCCUGGACUUUUCGGAUAUCUGGUACUCCCAAGUCAAAGGCAUCCAUCCAUACAGAAUCCUACUCAUCACCCUGUCUCAAAUAUGGCUAGCCCAGAUGCGCUUUGUUUUUGACAACAUCAUCCUUGUCCCUGAAGCGAUUCUGGUGAAUAUCCGCUCCACUGUUCGCCAGACAGUGGAUGAGGAUCAAAUCCACUCCCUCUUGUAG